AUGAAAACCCGGCGCGAAAGGUUGCUGUACGGGGCGCCUCAACAAGUAAUAUAUGGGCUUAUAAAACUACCGCUCAAAUUGAUCUGGCAAAACACAGAGCUUUCCAGCGGCAAGAGGCCCAGGACAGUGCCCGCUGAUGCUAUCAAAGUUGCAAUUCUCUGCGCUUUAUCGUACGAGGCUACACUGCGGUCAAGCCCCAAGAACUACAUGUACUCUUUCGGCCGUAUAGGUGAGCACAAGCUUGUUAUUGCCCAACCAGUUCACAUGGAACUUGUCAAAGCUGCUCAAUGUGCAGUAACGGUUAGGCAACAAUUCCCACAUGUCCAGUUUGCCUUGCUGGUUGGUAUUGGAGCAGGCAUUCCAUGCCCGAAUAGGUGUGAUAUCCGGCUGGGCGAUAUCGCGGUCGGCAUCCCGCGUGGCAGCCACCCCGGAGUGAUACAGUAUGACUUGGCAAUAUACGAGGAGAAUGAAUUCGUACCACAAGGAUGUCUCAACAAACCACCAUCAAUCUUGAUAAGUGCAGAUGGAUCACUAGAAGAAGAUGAGAUAAUGAACCGAAGCCCACUGCGAGAGAUUUUGAAAGGCAUCACAAAGAAUCCUGGGUAUGAACGACCAUCAGGGCAGGAUAUACUGUAUGACGAUGAUUCUCAUCACAUCAACAAUGGCGGCGACUGUACCGAGUGUGAGAACUCGGACUGGAAGAAAAUUGUGCCCCGGACUCCGCGUUAUCUCGAACACCCUGUGGUUCAUCGAGGUCUUAUACUUUCCGGUAAUGGCGUUAUAAAAACCCCACAGGACCGCAAUCGCUUACGGCGUGGGCUUGACGACGCCUUUGGGUUCGAAAUGGAAGGAGUCGGCAUAGCUGAUGUGAUUCCUUGCCUUGUCGUGCGAGGAAUCUGCGAUUAUGCGGACACGCAUAAGCAGGACGGGUGGCAUCAUUCUGCUGCGGCUGUGGCUGCAGCUCAUUGCAAAUCUAUCCUUCUCAAAAUAGUUGCACAAGGAGUGGGAGAUGCUACUGAAAUGAGCUCUUCAUUGAGUGACCAGGAUGACCUAUUAAGAGCGAUCAGAGCUAUAAUCCAAUGUCAAAGCCUAGCCAUUGCAUUGUGGCCCCUUAAAUACCUGCUACCAUUAGAAACAAGCCAUGAUGGUGUAUGUUAUGAACAGAAAGGAUGCUUGGACCUGAAUAGACUGCCGAUAGCUGAAGAUGCUGCCUUUGACUCAUAUGCAGACCAGCACGAAAUUUUUUGUCUUCCGGGCACUUGCAUCAGCCUUCUCCAGCGCAUUGAGGACUGGGUGUACGAUGAAAGUGGAAGAUGCAUCUUCUACCUAAAUGAUAUGGCUGGAACCGGAAAGUCUACGAUAUCUCGAACUGUUGCCAAGCAUUUCAGAGAAGAACAAAUGCUGGGAGCUAGCUUUUUCUUCAAGAGGAAUGCAGGUGAUCGAGGACAUGCAAGACGGCUUUUCUCGACAAUCGCCAGGCAGCUCAUUACAAAUCUUCCUCAGCUCUCACCGAUUAUCAAGAAAGUUGUUCGAGAAAACCCUGAUAUAUCCACAAAGUCACUAAGGGAGCAGUUUGGAAGACUUCUAUUUUCGCCACUGAUAGAACUGGGAAGAACUAGAAAGGACACCGAGACUAUUGUGAUCGUGAUCGAUGCAUUAGACCAAUGUGAGUCGGACAAAGACGUGCGACUCAUAGUUCAUUUACUAUCUCAAUUGCGGGACUCGGGUGUAGUACACGAGCCUUUCUUCAUAGCCCACACUCACGCGACAUAA